UCCAAUCAGAGCAUCUUGUUCGGGUCACAUGACCGCGCUGCUGCUGCUGUCAGGAAGCAACAACAACAUGGAUCCGUCUCCGUUCGGCUUCAGCCCGGAGCGGUACUGGACGGAGGACAAGGAGAGGGCUCUCAUUGCGUUCUUCUCCAAUCACAGCUGUCUGUGGAACCACAAAUCUGAGGGCUACAAGAACCGACACCUGCGAUGGAAAACGCUGGAACACCUGAGGAUUCUUCUGUCGGCUCACCCUCCGCCUGUUCGGUUUACAGUUGAGGACAUCAAGAACAAGUUCAAGAACCUCCGCACCACCUUCCAGCGUCAGUACAAGAUGGUGAAGGCGAGCAAAGUGUGUAGGUCGGACGACGUGUUCGUGCCGCAGUGGAAGCACUACCAGCAGCUCAUGUUCCUGCAGGACUCCUGGGACCACGAGGACGGCUUCGACCAGCUGCCGUCACCGCCGAUGAUCCCUCAGGAGGAGAGCCAGCCUGUCCUCAACCCUCCGGGACUCAUCAUCUCCUUCCUCCCCAACCGGCCCACCUCCUCCUCCCCCACGCCCUCCUCCUCCUCCUCCUGCGUCCCCUCCAGCAUGGUGGUGAAGAGUUUCUGGAAUGAAGAGAGGGAGCGAGCGCUCAUCACUUUCUACUGCGACCAUGGCUGCCUCUGGAACAAGAAGUCUGAAAACCACAACAACCGUCAGCUAAGACUGAGGCUGCUGGAGAAUCUGAGGAGCCAGCUGUCUGACCACACGGUGACCUUCUCAGUUGAAGACAUUAAAUGCAAGUUUAAGAACCUCCGGACGGUUUUUAACCGUGAGUUUAAGGUGAUGCAGGCGAGCAGGUCGUCUGACAAACUCUACGUGUCCAAAUGGAAACAUUACCAGCAUCUGCUCUUCCUCUGCGAGUCCUGCGACGAAGAUGACAACCAGGACGACGUCCUGAUACUGACGCCGCCGGAAGACAAGGAACUGGAACACGGGAACCAAACCCCGUCCUCCACUCUGAGCAGCCUCUCCUCCAGCUCCACCCUCGCCAACAGCGUCAGGUUCAACAGCCCGUCUGCUUCCUACAGCAACGCCAAAGCCAGUCCCAGUCCUGGGUACCAGAUCUUCCUCCCUGAGGGGCCAGAGAAUCCCAAACUGGUGAACCAAAGUUCUGCUCCAGCUUUCCCAGUCUCUCCGUCCACAUCACCUCCUGACACUAAGACCCCCGCAGACCCCUCAGCUCUGAACUCCCCGUCCUCAGGGUCAGUUCAUCCGGACAGCAGACUGAGCUCCGACACUCGCUGCCACUGGAACGAAGCCAAAGUUCAGCAGCUCAUUUCCUUUUACUCCGAGAACAGCUGUCUGUGGAACCACAAAUCCGAGAGCUACAGGAACAGACUGCUGAGACAGAGUCUGCUAGAGAUGCUGAGCAGCGUCCUGUCCGACAACGAGCUGGUCCCAUUUACAGUGGAGGACGUAAAGACGAAGUUCAGGAACCUGCGAACGAUCUUCCAGCGUGAGCACAAAGCGGUGAGCUCCAACAAAACGUGCGGCUCGGAGGACUUCUACCUCCCGAAGUGGAAACACUACCGCGACCUGAUGUUCCUCUGUGACUCCUGCGACGAAGAGGAGCUCCACUUUAUAGAACCGCAGGAGUCCCGCCUCCUCCACCUGGACACCCAAGCCCUGCCUCCCUCCGUACAUUACCAUCACGCCUCUCAAACCGCCGCCAAACUGAACAUCAUGCCCCAGAGCCUCGACGCCCCACCUUCCCCAACUCCUCCUGACUCCCAGCACUCCUCACCCUCCUCCACCCCCUGCACCUCCCCCUCCUCCAGGACGGACAGCAGAGUGUCGGGACGUAAGCGUGCAAGCCGCCGUCCACAAGCCGUACCCAACGAGGUUCUGGACUUCAUGAGGACACUGUGUCAGAACCAGGCGUCACCUCACGCCGGCUUCCUGAGGUACGUGGAGGAGUGUCUGAACGAGACGCCGCCGGAGAAAGUGAAGAAGCUGAAGAAGAAGAUAAUCGAGACUAUCCACGGAGCUUCAGAGGAGGGUUAGUGCCUCCGGAGUUUGAUUCCUUUGCUUCCUCAUGGCUGUGAUAACACUCAGCAGCUGUUUUCUCAUUCCACAUUUAAAAACCUGAUGAGAUAUAAGCUUUAUUAACGUAGCACUUUAAAACACAGAGAGGAUUUAAGAAGCUUCACAUGAGCAAGAAACGCCAAAAACACAUCAAACCUUUUGAAAACAAGAAGGGAUUCAAGAAACAAACAAAGCAGCUCAAACAGAAACAUAUUUGUCGUUUUGGAUGAUAAAGAAUAAAACUCACAAGACGAUGUCAUGGUGCAGAAACAGCAUCAUUACCUGGCAUGUUAAAGACUCUCACUGCAGUUAAACCAAACAGAAGCAUGCAAAAUGCUAACAGUGCAGAUCCUACAUGCAGGGUGGAGCAUCUGAACAUCUGCUUCCAUUCAUUCAUGGUGUAUUUCAGCCGUCUGCUUCACAAAGGAUCGUUCAUAAUCGUACAUUUAAAGCAAACAGUGAUGAAUUAUGAAGCAGCAGAGGACAGCGCUGCAGCUCUCUGCAUUGUAGCUGCAUGCAGUCAGUCUGAACUGUAGAGUUCCUGCUCUACUGGGCUGUGAUUGGCCGGUUCUUGAGGCCUCAACGUUGGCUUUCAAGAGAGAUUUCAACGACAGAAGCUCAGAAGAUCUCUGAUCUGGUUUUGUGCAAAUGCUUUGACUCAAGUUCAUCCUAGUGGCUUUCCCAACCAAUCACAGCGCAGUACAGCUCGUAGCUUAAAAAAAUGGUGCAUGUACUUCAGUUUAAUCUUGUUUAUCAUCAGUAAUGCUAGAAUAUGUGAGACGUAACAUGAGGGUUGGGAUGAAAUAUCCAUAAGACAAUAGAAAGCUGCCCGUACUCACAGAAUUAUCACAUCACUGGUGCCAAAUAUCUAACACAUCACUACUUAAAGACUCCUCAUGGUGCCACUAAACCUCUAAUUCACUAUAUUUCACUGAUCUCAUGUUCAGAUUUCUCCAAUGAGAUGAAAUUACACUCAUUUACAUUCAUGAAUAAAUGCUAAGAUUAGCCGCUUAGCAUUGCAUGUUACAUUAAAGAAUAUAAAUCUGCAAAACAUUUAUACAGAUAUGAAAGAAAGACCAGGAAAGCCUCGCUGAGAUUAAAGAUCUCUCAUACCAGAGAAGAGAAAAGAGAGAAAGAUCGGCAGCAGCACUUUUUAUUUAAGUUACAGACGUACACACAAACAAGGUCACAUGACCAGAAAGUGAACACUCAAAGCAUCUUCCCCUAUCGCCUUCAAUCGUCAAUCAACGCUUGUGGCUCAGCGGUAGAGUCGGUCGAUAAGUGGUUUGACCCCAGCUCCCACAGUUACAUGCUGAAGUAGUUAAUACUGAUGGUCCCUUACUAAAUCACCCUCUACCAUCUGUGUAUGAAUGCAGCUGAUUCCAAGCUGCAGGAGCAUCAUACCUAAAACCUCUUCUCUCAUUUCAAGACGCUCUCUGGUGACAGAUACCAAAAACAUGUCUUGCAGAUUGAAGUCAGAGUGAAGACGGUAGCUUCUUGUAUUUUUUAAAUGAGGGAAUCAAGUUAACCUCAUGUAAUAAGACGUGUCAGUUUAGUUUAGGAGUGGACGAUGCAGACCAGAUAAUGCAUGCUUAUAGAAAACAUCACCUUAGAGUAUCAGGAGCAGAAACUUAGCAGCAACAAGUCUCUCUGCACCUUAAGAAAGAAAGGAUUCACAGACAGUGCAGCAUCGAUAAAUAAUCCCAGGUGUUUAUAAGAGUCAGUAAUGGAUGGCUUUGUCUUUGAGCUAACUCCUUCAUCUAAACAUUGUCUGCAAGCAUGCAUAACCUAAGCGUCUGAGUCCUAACAGAGGCGUUCUGUCAUGUACCAAAGUGACUAUUACUCCUGAUCAGUUUGGUCCAGUAGAGUCUGCAUGAAUGCAGCUGUUUUAAAUACUAAAGAUGUUUUAAUUUCAUGUGAUUAUUUAUGUUAAGACGAGUUCAAUCACAGCACAAGUCUGUGGUUGAGUCAAGAUCGAGGUGUUCAAACUUUAAGAUUGGAGGAUCUGAAGAUGUAAUCAAACAUUCAGUAUUUGACGUGUAUUUAAUGGUCAGUUAUCUCUUUUAAGUACUGUUACUUUUAUAACAAAGUCUAAAACUGUUACAGUAAUCUUUUUUUAAUCUGUAUUGAGCUGUAAAAAUAUUUCACGCCUGUGAGUUCUCAUCUUUAAAAAACCUAUGCAUGUGCAGAUGUGUUUUUGUUCUCCAGUGUUAAACGAUGAGGUUUUAUAGCAAUAAUCUUUAUUAUUAAGCACUAAAAAAGCAGCUGUAUUUACUUUUCUAAUGUUGUUUGAAUUGCACAUUAACAGGAAAAAGAUUUAUAUACAGUUUCAUUUUUUGUGUGCACGUUUGUUAACAUUUGUCCUUUUUUAAUUUUACUUUAAAGUGCCUUAUCAGAAUAACAUUUACUGUAUUUUUUGUUGUAAACGUGCAGGAGUAAUGUUCUCACUUUUUACUUUAUUUCUGUGUUAAAUUGAAUUUAAAUGCAUAAUAAAUAUCAG